AUGGCGCCUGAAUUAUUCCCAGCAUCCGAAGAUCACACGCACGGCAAUGAGCCCACAACCAGUGUGCAGGACCAAAACCACGGUCUUUCUACCUCUUUACCACCUGUGUCCCCGCAACCAGAUGCUGAGGAGUGCCUCGUAACCGACGAAGAGCCCUUUCAGAGCACCUCGACGUCGAAAAGACCAGCGUCAGCAGAGAACAGACUACGCCCAGCAGCAGACGUUAUAAACCGUCUCAUUUGGGACACACAGUUUGAGAGUAACAAUUAUCUGAUUGGAUACGAGGAUCGCUUUAAUGGUCGCCUGGAAGCCAAUCUAAGCUCGUGGAAGAAGGACCUGACAGACGAGGAAUUCAUUCCGCAGCAUCGCAUUCUCUACAUCAAACGCAAGUCAGAUGAUGAUAUCGUCUGGGACAAAAGGAGGAGGAUUGACAAGAUAUUCUUGAGCGGCAAUUCUGCCUUCGACUAUCUGGCAUUUCUGGCAUAG